UUGGUUGAACCGUCCCCGACGACGGAUACAACCAUACAUGCCACCUUCUCCUCGAGCCGCUAGCCUACCGAACGCCCGCCUGUCGAUCGGUUUUCUUCCUGGGUCAGCUAUUCGUUCCGGAACUUCUUCGUGGCCCCCAGCUAGGGCAAGGCUGCCAUGCCUUCGGUGGUGGCGGCUUGAGGCCAAGCACCAUCAUUGACGACCGUCGGCUGCAAGCUGAGGCAUCCUCUCUAUUCCGAAGUAUGACGGUCGAUGGAUUCCUUCGCUCACUCUAAGAUUCUGGGGAUCUUGUAAGUUCUUGCAGAUCCGGGGAUAUACGGAGAUUGCCCCCCCUUCUGCUGCACGUCUUUCACCCGUCAAUGCGGGGUUCGAGAUCACGUCCAACUCAGCU